GAGCAGCUGAGAUUCAAGCCCGGGCUGCCUGACCAGAGGUACAACCUUUUGGCUCCAACUGAUAAGUCGAUGGUAACCAGCUCUGCACUGCACUGUGAAUCCGUUCAGAGGUAGCAGCCUCGCAAAUAAAACAGGAUUCUAACUUCAAAAGCUAUUUGUUGAGGACCUAAAACGUCCAGGCGCUGGUAUCCAGAGGGUGCUGGAAAAGUUCUUUUCUCUCACUCAGAUCUGAUGUGUGUCCGAGGGCGGCUGCUUCCCCAGUGUGGGGCCCAAAUCUGAAGUAGAAGCUCCGCCUGAUCGUUUUCACGCCGCGCAGGAGGGAUAGCGUGAGCCCAGACAAAGCUAAACUUUGGGCGAGACCUAUCUGAGGCUGGGGCAGGGCGAGGACGGAAGCCCAGCCAAUCCGAGAUGGAGCCAGGCUCACUGGGAACGAGGCUACGAUAAACCAGGGUGGGAGGGACAGAGCUAGAGACCGGGUAGAGACCAGCCUGCGUCUGGUCGGUGUUACCACCCGCCGGGUCGGGGGCGGGGCCUAGGCGGAGGUACAGGGCGGCCGGGGCGGGGCCUGGCCGCCCGGAAGACCCCGGACUAGGCGGUGUGUCGCGGACCGGGACAGCUGCAGUUCGUCCGCCGCACCGCUAGGGGGCGAGCGCUGGGAGCCGGAGGGGUCCGAGCCAGAGACAGCGAGAUACCGAUCCAGGAGAAGCGAGGACGCGGAGCAUCCCGGAGCCCGGCAACAACAUGUCAGUACUACCCCGUCCCCACGCGCGGCGUUCGUCUUCACUGUCCCCGCGCUCUCCCCGUCCGCUCCGCGCGGACAGUUCUCAAGUGACUAAGCCGCCCCGCACGCCCUCCCUGCGUCUUUCGUUCCCUCCCAAAGCAUGCUGAGCCACACCCGCCCAGGGUCUAGCUUCCGAAGCCCCCACCCCCAGACUCCACGGUUUGUCACCCACUGGGAGGAAGGGGGAAAUCGAGGCAGGAGAAACUGCCGCCUCUCUCGGUGGACCCUGGAGCCCCGCCUCACAGUGGGUAGGGUCGACAUAGAAGGGGUUAAGUCUGUGAGGGAAGUCUGGGGUUCCAGGCCCAGGGGGCGGAUCCUGGGGCUUCCUCCCUCCUGGUCCAGGGGUGCAGCUGCUGCGGAGGUGGCUGAUGCAGGUUUCCAUCCCUGGGGCAUGACCAUGCAGCUAGGCCUGGCCCUGGUGCUAGGGGUGACCCUGUGCUUGGGGUGUGGCCAAUCCUUGCUGCGGGCCCCUGCACGCCCCUUCUCGGUGCUGUGGAACGUGCCUUCAGCACGCUGUAAGAACCGCUUUGGCGUGCCCCUGCCACUUGAGGCCCUGGGCAUCUCAGCCAACCGUGGCCAGCAUUUCCACGGCCAGAAUGUCACCAUCUUCUACAAGAACCAGCUCGGCUUCUACCCCUACCUUGGGCUGAGGGGCACAGCUCACAAUGGGGGCAUCCCACAGGCUGUGCCUCUGGACCGCCACCUGGCACGGGCUGCCUAUCAGAUCCGCCGCAGCCUGUGGCCGGGCUUUGCUGGCCUAGCAGUCCUGGACUGGGAAGAAUGGUGUCCACUGUGGGCCGGGAACUGGGGCCGCCGCCGCGUCUAUCGGGCUGCCUCCUGGGCUUGGGCACAAUGGGUAUUCCCCAACCUGGAUCCCCAGGAGCAGCUCCAUAAGGCCCGCGUUGGCUUUGAACAGGCAGCCCGAGCACUGAUGGAGGACACGCUGUGGCUUGGCCGGGCGCUGCAGCCCCACGGGCUCUGGGGCUUCUAUCGCUUCCCAGCCUGUGGCAAUGGCUGGCAUGGUACGGCUUCCAAUUACACGGGCCACUGCCAUGCUGCUGCCCUAGCCCGCAACACCCAGUUGCGUUGGCUCUGGGCCGCCUCCAGCGCCCUCUUCCCCAGCAUAUACCUCCCACCCAGGCUACCACCUGCUCACCACCAGGCAUUUGUCCGAUACCGCCUGGAGGAGGCCUUCCGUGUCGCUGUCGCUGGGCACCCACAUCCCCUGCCUGUCCUGGCCUACGCCCGCCUCACACACCGGAGCUCUGGGAGGUUCCUGUCCCAGGACGAACUUGUGCAGACCAUUGGUGUGAGCGCGGCACUGGGGGCAGCCGGCGUGGUGCUCUGGGGGGACCUGAGCUUCUCCAAUUCUGAGGAGAAGUGCUGGCAUCUCCAUGACUACCUACUGGGCACCCUGGGUCCCUAUGUGAUCAACGUGACCAGGGCAGCCGUGGCCUGCAGUCACCAGCGGUGCCAUGGCCAUGGCCGUUGUGCUUGGCAAAACCCAGGACAACUAGAAGUCUUCCUGCAUCUGCAGCCAGAUGGCAGCCCUGGAGCUUGGGAGUCCUUCAGCUGCCGCUGUUACCAGGGCUGGGCUGGCCCUACCUGCCAGGAGCCCAGGCCUGAGCUUGGGCCUAAAGAAGCAACAUAAAGCCAGGAGUCACCUGCCCCUGACCGUCUUGUUCCUGCUGUCAUUUUUCCAGUCCUGGAGGGAGGACUCUGUCCCCCUUCUUGUUCUACGUAGCUUAUUGUCACUUCUCCCAUGCACAUACUCCAUUUCCCAUAGCACCCCUGGGGAGUGGAAGAGGCCAGAAGAAACACACCAUUUUAAAACCAGAGGCCCUCUGAUCCCUCCUGACACGAAAGCAGUAUGCCAAAGGUUAAGGUUGCCAGCUCAGGGCUCUGUUCUACACCUCACUGAGUCUGCGCAGAGGUCACAGGAGACCCGUCCAGGGGCAGGGGAUGGGGCCCCCAAGGAGAUCCUGGAUAACAUCUGUUAAGUGCUAAGCUGUUGUCUCUACUCUGCUUUCAUCAUAAAGUUACUUUUUCUCUCACUGCA